UGCAAGGAGGGACAGGAGAAGACUGGAUCCUCCGUGUUCAGGCCAACGGCGCCGAGCUCGGCCUGACAGUCCAGCGAAACCCCACAGCGACCGGGACAGCACAGCGACAGCACCCCGCGGAUUUAAGCUCGAUAUCGGCCGCCGGUUGGUUGUUGAGGACCGUGCGGUGACUGUGACUCUCCCGUCUCGCCGCAUCAGCAGCUGUCAGCCUAUUAAACAGCAAGACCUCGGAGUUAACGUUGGGUACAUCUGGAUUUAGGAAAUACGGUUCGGACCUAAUCGAGCUUAGACCGGCUUGAGAGGGCUGCAGGGCGGCCGCAGAGCCACGGAUCGCCCGCUGACAAGUUGUCAUCAUGGGCAACGCGCCCACGGCCAGGAAGGGCAGCGAGAUGGAAAGCGUCAAGGAGUUCCUUGCUAAAGCCAAAGAGGACUUCCUCAAGAAGUGGGAGAGCCCCGCACAGAACACUGCUUGCCUGGAGCAGUUUGAGAGGUUGAAAACCCUGGGCACGGGCUCGUUUGGCCGCGUUAUGCUGGUGAGACACAGAGAAACGGGACAGCAUUAUGCCAUGAAGAUCCUCAACAAGCAGAAGGUGGUGAAGCUCAAGCAGAUAGAGCACACUCUGAAUGAGAAGAGGAUUCUUCAGGCUGUCAGCUUUCCUUUUCUGGUGCGGUUAGAGUACUCGUUCAAGGACAACACUAACCUCUACAUGGUGAUGGAAUAUGUACCAGGUGGAGAGAUGUUCUCCCAUCUACGGAGAAUUGGCAGAUUUAGUGAGCCUCACGCUCGGUUCUACGCUGCUCAGAUUGUGCUGACCUUUGAGUACCUGCACGCUUUGGACCUGAUCUACAGAGACCUGAAACCUGAAAACCUGCUCAUAGAUCAACAGGGCUACAUACAGGUGACAGAUUUUGGCUUUGCCAAACGUGUAAAGGGCAGGACCUGGACACUGUGUGGCACCCCAGAAUAUCUGGCCCCAGAGAUUAUUCUCAGCAAGGGGUACAACAAGGCAGUAGACUGGUGGGCACUGGGUGUACUGGUCUAUGAGAUGGCAGCAGGGUACCCACCUUUCUUUGCUGACCAGCCCAUUCAGAUCUAUGAAAAGAUCGUAUCAGGGAAGGUGCGUUUCCCAUCUCACUUCAGUUCAGACCUGAAGGACCUCCUGAGGAACCUGCUACAGGUGGAUCUCACAAAACGUUAUGGGAACCUUAAGAAUGGGGUCAACGACAUCAAGGGACACAAAUGGUUUUCGACCACUGACUGGAUCGCCAUCUACCAGAAAAAGGUGGAAGCUCCCUUCGUCCCAAAGUUCAAAGGACCAGGAGACACCAGCAACUUUGAUGAUUACGAGGAGGAGGAGAUCCGCAUUUCCUUCAAUGAGAAAUGUGCCAAGGAGUUUGCUGAGUUCUAGAGUUAGAGAGCGAGAGAGGAAGAAAGAAGGAAGUAGGGAGAGUCAAAGGUAGGCUGGUCAAGUGGGAGACGCAAGGAGAGAGCACUGUCUCCUGUCCAAUCACAAGCACCAGCUACAAAAAGAGGAGAAAUGGGAUAGAGAAAGGGAAAAAAGAGCAUGGAGACUGAUAACCAGCAGUGUUGCCUUUUCUGUUGCGUUUCUAUUGUAUUUUAUUUAUUAUUCUGUCUUAUUUAUGGAUCCCUUUAUAAUGAAGGUGUGCUUCAGAUUCAUGGAUGUUGGGAACCCCUCUCAUUUAGAGUUGCCUCUACACAUUUUCACCCAAGAUCUUCCCUGCUCUUUUAUUGUUUCAUUCAUUGUUUACUCACUUUUGCGCCACAAGAUAAAAAAAACAAAAAAACAAAAAACAGUCAGUCUGUUCUAAACUACUGCUCAGUCUGUUAGUGAUUACAUGAAGCCCAUUGAGUCUUGUACAAGUUGAGGUCUCAGUCUGCACAAAAGUUUCUUAAAUUUAAACUGAUAACUUGGCUUAACUCGCUCGUUCCCCCGGUGAACAGCAGUUUAAAUGAAUCACACACAUAUGCACUUUCAGCUUGAACGACUUUACGUUUUGCGGUUACGUCUUAUUUUUUUUCCGUAAAUACUUAAACCUCUUCCUGUUCACGUUGUAGACAGCAUACACCGAGUCACAGGAACGAUCGGCCAAAAGAAAAACAAAUCAUGUGAUGCGUUGUGUGCUCAAACAGUCCGAGACAGAUGACACUUUAGGGAGAAAAAGAAAAAAAAUCAGUCAGGUUUUUACUGUAUAACUCCAUCAAUACUUCUUGUCAUUGUUAGCAUAGCCAGGCUUUGUGCAUAUCUACAGCACUCAGUUUUAAAUGUUAUUAGAGACUAGUCGCUCCAGUGAUAUCAUGCCACGCUAACAAACAAGGGAAUGUGGAUAAGGGAAUGGAAAUAUCUCAGUUUUUGAUGGUGUGGUGAAGGAACACCGUCACAUAAUGGUAUCUCAGGUUUGAACAUAUCACUUAAUAGAGACAUCCUAUCAACAUAAUGCGUUGGGAUCGGCAGGUAAUGAAGGUAUGAAAGACACUCGCUUAGGAUUUACAAUAGAUACGGAUAUUUAAAGUUCUGGUUAGAGUCAAGAGGAACAUAAGGGAAUAUUAAGACUUUAGGUUAGCGUCUUCCACAGUUUUCCCCUUCCAGAAGAUGAUUUGGUUUUUCUAACUUAACAACUCUGUUUGGUCUUUGAGCUCAGAGCUCACUUAGCAGUAAAGUUGAUUCUGCAUGUUGAAUGAGUCAUUUGGCAUUUUCCAACUGAAAGAGACCACCUGAGGCAGACUACCUCAAACUGCUUCUGGCACUUUGACCUGUCACUGAUGGCGGUGCGGAUAGUGUGCUCUGGCCUGAUGGCCUUUUAUAGAAAACCUGUGUUUUUGUUCAUCCCCGCCCCACCAGCACCCGGCCCCUUCCUCUUAUCACUAUCAACGUUGGACCACACUCCAUGUGACUUACAGUCUUACAUGUUACAACAACUCUAUUCGCGUUUCUGUUUUUGAAACACGCACAGUUUUUGUUUCAUUUUUGUUUCUCAGUGUGUUUGACCAUGAUGUAAAGAUGACCGGCGCUCCAGUGAACUGGUUAAGAAAAAGUUGAGCAUCUGGAGCCGAGUAGAGCUUGUUCUAAGAAAAGACAAAAUGUCCUUAGUGCACAGUAUACAACCUGUCUAUUUAAAGUACAUGACACACUUCAGGUGUUCAAUGCCUCUUUAGCUCCCGAGCUAUUAUGGCAAAGUGCUUAAACAGUGCCCAAAAUGGUGGUCAAUGUGGGAUUUGUUCAUUCAGACUUUAUCAAAUAAAACCAAGUGACAUUCGUGUCUGUUUCAAAACAUUAAAAUGCCUUCUUUAUAGCUGUAUUUUAAUGUGCCACCAUUAUCAAGAUACUCUAAUUUGGUUAAUACAGAUGCUUCAGUUUUUCUCCCAUCAUUUUAAACUACAGAUAUUUUUGAUUCAUGUGAGUCCUUCCUGUCCAGAAUAGUUCAGAUAAGGUGAAAUAUAACUCACCUUUUCUCACAAUUACACAUUUGUAAUGUGUAAUUGUGUGUGUGUGUGUCAUUUGUAAUAUGGAAUGAUAUUUAAAAUGACCUAAAAUCAAGCAGGAGUACUAAAUGAUCUAUUUCAGAUGAGGUUUAGUCCAAUGUGGCUCAAUGUCCACAGCUGGAUGACGCUGUUGGGGGGCCCCGGGCCCCUAUAAACCCACCGCUCCUUCCACUCUCUGUACAUUGUGUACAAUACUACUAUGCUGGAAUAUUAUAUGGCCCGAGUGGUAUUCUGUUAAACACAAAAAUUGGGAAUAUGCACCAUGUGAGCACAGAAUCAGCUGCAUUAAUGAAGGUCUUAAAGGGGCACUCCACGGAUUAAACAACAGGGCCUCAGAUAUCAGAUAUCCUGAGUUUGUAGUCUCCACGCCGAGGCAACAGAAACAGAACUGUAAAUGAACCAGAGUUUGUCUAGAAGGCUAAUUUUCAUCUGUUGUCCCUGAUCAGAUGUUAAAAAGGCAACCAAAAAAUAGAAUAAAAGACACAUCUGAUGAAUUUCAUACACACAAAGAAGAAGAAAUAUGUACUAAAUAGUACGGUCCACUAAUAAUAAUCGGUGCAAUAUCUGUUGACAUUGUGCUGCAUAUUCCCAAACAAAGUUACAGUUGGUCAAAUGACCACAAACCAACUGCUGCAGUGAACCUGCAGCUUUUGGGUGCACCCGGGGGUCUGGGGGCAGCUGCCUGCAAUGUGUCUGGUAAAUAAGCUUUUUGAUUGAUUGGUUUUUUAUCCAAGAAAGACUCACAUACAUGACAACCAAUUUGUGACCAGAGGGUCCAUCCCUUCCCCCUGUGUUACACUCCUUUUCACUACUUUUUAUAUGUAGUGCUCAACUACUGAGAAGUGUUUCCACUUCUUUCUCACCUGGAAAGAGGUGAAACAGCUGAAAGACUCCAAUUUUUAUUGAUUGAUCAGUCUGAAGUGAAAGUGGGCAGAUAGAUGGUGGCAGAAGCUGCAGAGUGGCUGCACACAGCCUACUUGUAGUCAUCAGCUGUCCUAUUGGUUAUUAUGGACUAAUUUACAAACCUUUUAUUAUUGUUAUUAUUAUUAUGACAUUGUUGUAAAUCACUUGUUGAGAUUUCACAUCCGCUGUAUUUCCUCCAUGUCAAGUUUAAUGUUGACUAUAUCAUCAUGGACAAAAUGUUUGAAGUUAUAAUACAAUAUUAUUCUGUGUCUCCUCGAUGUUUUUGCAGUGAUACAACUUCCUCUCGAUGCAGGCACAAUGCCGGUGCAUACUGUCGCACUUUUUAGGGAAAUGAGACCCCAAUGUAAACCAUGUUAACCCCCGCCACACAUAGGCCUACAAACAUACACACACAUACACACACAGUCAUACACACACUGCAAAGGGAAGCGUCUAAAGUCACGGGAACAAGUGACAUAAAAACACGAAGUGUAAUAUUUUGCAACAUGAGUAUCAUUCCAAUAAAGUUUUACUUGUAAAAUUCUA